CAUGUUAAGAAGCCUGGCUCAGGGCAGCGCAAAGCCACUUCAGCUCAGCUCCCUUCAAGAAUAAACAGCAGCAACAGCAGAAGAAUGCCUUUCCGAGGAUUUUGCCUUCUUGUGUGCCUUUUUUGUAUGGCACAUUUGACAAUUCAGCAAGGCACCAGAUCCAAGAAAAAGGCAGAGCCCAAAAGAGAUGUAAACUUCAAAAUGCUUGCAGACUUAAAUGAGAGGCUGGACAAUCUCUCCCAGGAGGUGGCUUUGCUCAAGGAAAAGCAAGCACUUCAAACAGUUUGUCUGAAAGGCACCAAGAUCAACCUAAAAUGUAUCCUGGCUUUUUCUGAUGCAAAGACCUAUCAUGAGGCCAGUGAAGACUGCAUCUCUCAAGGUGGCACUCUCACUACGCCGGUGACAGGUGACGAAAAUGAUGCUCUCUAUGACUAUGCGAGGAAGAUCCUGGGGCCUGAAACAGAAGUUUGGCUUGGCAUUAACGACCUCGCGGUUGAAGGGAAAUGGGUGGACAUGACCAGCAGCAGCAUCAGCUACAAGAACUGGGAAACGGAGAUCACCACCCAGCCUGAUGGAGGGAAGCAAGAAAACUGUGCAGCACUUUCCGGGGUUGCUGUUGGGAAGUGGUUUGACAAGAAGUGCCGAGACCCGCUGCCCUACACGUGCCAGUUCGCGAUUGUUUAAUGGUGAGGCUCCUGGUGCGGAAGAACAGAGUAAAGCAUUCCGUGUGACACCUGGAAGAGAGCCGUGUGUGUAUAUCUGUAUGCAUCUAAAUAUACAUACACAUCUACAAGGAAAACACACACACAUGUAUACUCUUGGCACAUAAAGUCAUGGCUUGGUAAUGGAUUAGAUCUAUGCUGCACUUUAAUUGACUGAAAGCUACAUCCACCAUUUUAGCAGCUACGUUAUUCUUACUAAGGCGUGAGUUAUAGAUAUAUAUUUUUACACACAAGAUUUAUUAGGCUUUAUUGUCUGAGCAUCCAUUGCAAAAAAUACUAUGAUACUUAGUUUGCUGUUGCAUGUAAUUUUCUUGAAAUCUUCUUUGUUUCCUGCUGAUUGCACCAAAUUAAACCCACAUUGCCAAAUUGUCCUGUUUAUCAUCUAUUCAGCUGGAAAGCUGGAAAGGUCUCAGCACAGCCUGCUUUCAUUUAAUGUCACACCCUUCUUAUGGCCACAUUGCCAAGUCGCAUAAAUCCACUUAGCAACUUCUAGCACCACUUAAAUCAGAGUUAAGCAGAGCCACUUGAGCCUAAGCUGUUACCCUGAGCAAUGUGGGUGACAACAGGAGAAGCCAAAGCAGAACCAACAAAAGCAUCCACCCCUUUGUGUGAACUAAAGACACAAUCUAAGAACUUUGCAUCCAUCGGUGCUACAGUAACUUCCAUCUGGUUGAACACAUCUGACUGGAAGCACAAAGCAAAAAGGAAUGAGAAGGAAGGGUGACUCGGGGGAACAUGCAACCAUCAGCAAACCAAGAUUAUCAUGUGGCGGUGGUGAAGUAAUAGGGACUGCAAGAUGCUGAAAAGUCACUAUAGCUCCAACCUGUGUCAUCUUCUCCUCAACUGGAACUGAAGGAAAGAAGUCCGUGCUUCUUCUGGAGAAGACAGUGCCAGUCUAGUGCCUCCCUACCUCAGCAGCAUGAAUGGAUCAAUCCUUCACCCAAUGCAGAACUUUUUCACACUCUCUCUAAGGGCAUGUGUGCAUUUGCACACGUGGAUCACUUGCAUCCACAAAGGGGGGCAUUUCCAUUCGCUCACAGGGAUAGGAUUGGCUUCCUCUGUUUAAAGGAGUAAAGAAGAAAUAUACAUCAAACCCCCAGAGUCUGGUACAUAUUGCCGAAUUGUGAAAACCCUCUUCUAAAAUCCAGUGGAGAUGCCUUGCUUGCUAGUUUUACAGGGCAACAUGCAGUUACAAGUAUCUUUCAGAUUUUAUAGCAAGUCAACUAGAAUAGAAGGAUCGAGAAGUAAGACUAUCACUGCCAAACUUUCUGUUGAGAUUAUCAUGGAAUAAAGACAUAUGACUUGAUAUAA